AUUCAUUUGAGCUAGAAGUUGUUCUGAUCCAGAGUAGUUUUUUUAAUAUUCACCUAGCAAGACACAGCUUCGCCAUCCAUUCAGGAUGUCGAAAACCAGUCAAUCAACGUAUAGUUUCUCAACCAGUGCGAAAACCAGCGGUGGUGGAGGUUUCAUGAGCAAAACACCGCUGAUCGGUACAUCGUCACCAUUAUCAUCGUCAACGUCAUCGUCAAAGUCGAAGAAGGACAAAGAACCCAUCAUCAAAAAUGUGGAUAUGACCGAAGACAUGCAAGAACGGGCCCUCGACCUCGGAAUGGAAGCCUAUGAGAAGUUCAACACUGAGAAGGAUCGCGGUGCCUACAUCAAAAAGGCUUUCGACGUCGAGUUCGACACCACGUGGCACGUCGUGGUCGGAAAGCAUUUCGCCAGUUUCGUCACGCACGAAUCGAAGUGUUUCAUCUAUUUCUACAUCGGUCCGAUGGCCUUCUUGAUCUGGAAGUCAGGUUGAGUAGUUUUCGUCCAUCCGUUGCCAGAUGUUUGUCCUGUAUGUAUUUAAAACUUCGGACUAUCUUUCGACCCGGUAUAGUAUAGUUCUUGUACCAUCUGCAUCUUUUUAAAAUCUUAUUUGUUUUUAGAGACAA